AUGGCAUCGAAAGACAGCACACGAGCAUCGUGGACCCUUGACCGAGACGAGUUCAUUGUCACGGCGCUCCAAGCUCAGGUAGACAAAUGCAAGCGAUCUGACUCCGGAUACAAGAAGGAAGCGUGGGUCGAAGUGACAGUGGCAUUCAACGAGCGCUUUGGCACCUCGUAUCACUCGUUGAAGGUGAAGUCACGACUCGACUGCCUCAAGCGUGAAUACAAAGAUGUCUUGUACUUACUCGACAACUCUGGGUUUGGGUGGAACGAAGAUCUGGGCCUGCCUACUGCACCAGAUGACGUCUGGGCUGCUGUUCUCAAGGCAAGCCCAUCAUGCAAGAAAUUUCGGUUCACACCGUUUCCGCUCUACGAAAACUUGGCCAUCCUGCUCGACGGAGCGUACAUGGACGGGCAAUUUUCUUCGAUGCCACCGGGCUCCAUCGAGCAACGUGACAACAGCGGCAAUGAAACAGCGUCUUCACACAGUGCCGUGGUACAAGCGACCGGCGGCAUAGGACGUCGAACGCGUGUAGACAUGUCCAAAGACUACGAGAACUCCGACAUCAGCACCAACGACGCAUGUCCUCCACCAAAGAAUCUCAAGCAGUAG